AUACCGCAAGGAGCACUUGUGCAGAGGGCUGAAGAAGUUGCUGAUAAACCGUUGGCUGUAUUUCAUUUGACGUCUUGGCAAGAAGUGGAGCAACUGGAGCCACAAGUCGCAAAAGAUUUAAAGACACCUUUUACUUCGAUAAUUACAUCAAGUGAGGCGUUCUCCACCAAUCUGGUUGAGCGACGUAAAAAGCGUGUAUCUGUUUCGUCCGAUGUCAACUUUGAUGAGGAGGAAGAGCCAGCCAAUGAACCAAAACGACCUAAAGGAAAAAUGAAAGCAGCAAAAUUCGGGAAGGGUUUUCAAAAUGAACAAUUAAAGUAUGGUGGCCGAACGGGCAGUAGCCGAAAAACGUCUUAUCGCAGUCGAUAUCGGGCGACUGAAACUAACUUGGUAACUGGCUUACAAAUGCCAGUUGUGUUGCCACCAGUCAAUGUCACUGGAUUAAAAUUUAUACCGAUCCCAACCGACCGUUGCCUUCUCUAUAUGGAUGCAGUCAAUAUUGUUGUAAUGAAAGAUGAGGGUGGUAAUCGAAAAUUCCGUAAUCUCGUUAUUGAUUAUACCAAUGCAACCUUCUCUUGGGACCCGUCUUAUGUCUCUUGUAAUGUUAGCAAUAAUACCGUCGGUAUUGCCAAAUUGACCUUCAAUGCCUCAUAUACAGGUUACUGGAAAUUGGUGCGCGUUACGAUGCUUUCAGACCUGACAAUUUCACCACCACGAACAACACAGUCAGAGUUCAUGAAAGAGGCUGUAACAUUACAUGGAGGAACGAAUACAACAGCGACUCAGUAUAUGGAUGUUGAAAGUUUUUACCAGUACGCAUAUGCGUGCUCAGGUACACAAGCUGCCUUUAUGCCUACUGAUAACCCUUCAUAUAUGGUUGGCAUCGCAUUGAAUAACAUCGAAGUAGGUUUGAACCAUUCACCCGUUUGGCGUUUCAAAUGGAUGUUAAUUUCAUGA